AGCCUCACCCCAGCAGCGUUAUACAGGACCCCCCGAGUCUUCAGGAGGGGGGGUCUGUUGCCAUGGUGGCCUGUGUGUCACGAAUUCCUCCAGGGUGAAGUGGGAGAUAUUUAUACCCAGGGUCAGGGAGAGAGCGGGCAGGCAGCCGAGGGAAGGAGAGCGGGGACUGUCAGGGUCCAGAGAGACCACUGGCUGAGGUGUAAAGGGGCAGGUGGGCCCUGGCGUGUCCUGUUGUCUGUUUCCGCCUGUGUCCAGAGGCAGCUUGCUUCCCUUACAAGGGGCAAUGGCAUCUCCCAGCCACAUCCUGGCUCUCUGCGUGUGUCUCCUCAGCAUGGCCAGUGCAGAAGGUCCACAGGAACCGGAUCCAUUCACCUAUGAUUACCACACACUGAGGAUUGGCGGCCUCACCAUCGCUGGGAUCCUCUUCAUCCUGGGCAUCCUUAUCAUCCUCAGCAAGAGAUGUCGGUGCAAAUUCAACCAACAGCAGAGAACUGGGGAACCCGACGAAGAGGAGGGAACUUUCCGCAGCUCCAUCCGCCGUCUGUCCACCCGCAGGCGGUAGAACCUCCACCUGGCUCCGGGAAACUCAGCCAGGACUCCCUUGACACCUGACUCCUCUCCCAACCCAGCUGCUUGCCCGUGGCCACCUCCAGUGUCCCUUGCCUCAGCCCUGCCUCUCGGACACCCCUUACUACUAAGACCUCCAAUAAAACUCGGUUUUCCCUCUUGA